AUGAAAAGCAGGAGCAGAUCUGGCCGUGCCACCAGUGUUUUAAGAGUUUUAGCCAGAUGUCAGAGUCUGUUCUUCACAUGCAGAGCUCCUUCUGUCUCCUGCAGCUCUCUGACUGCACACAGACAGCAGCAGCCUGUCAGAUCCUAUGCUUCCGCCGCCGCCAAGCAGAAAGAGAAGAAAGACGAGACUGUUCAAGAGAAAGCGGUGGAAGAGAGAAAAAGGGUUGAUGACAAAAACAGACAUAAACCCUAUGGACUCACAGCCUGGGCUCCAGUAGAUGAUGUGUACAUGGUGAGGCACUAUCCCAAACCUGUUUAUGAGACAUCCGUGGCCGUUGAAAUGCUGAAGAACUUCCAGAAGCUGGAUUUCGGUCCUGAAAACCAGCCUGUGUACAUUAACCUACGUCUAGACAUGAAGCUGGAGAAAAAGGUACAUUUUGGGUGGUUCUUUUUUAAGCCUAAUUUGAAUAACUUUUGCUUGAAAUAUUAA